CAGACGCUGGGCCGACUCCCCGGACUCCGCCCUGGUAACCAAUGGCAACGAGCGGAGGAGGUCGAUAAUAUCCGCCCCGCUGCUGCCAGCAUCUUCUGGAUGCUCUAAACUCUGAUGCUGGGAUCUGUUUUCGGUCGAAGAUGAGCGGUUCACUGGCGGGAGAGGCUCGCUCCCUCAAGAGGAGAGUGAAGGGCUGCACCCUGGAUGUCCACCCGACAGAGAAAGCCCUGGUGGUCCAGUAUGAGGUGGAGGCCACUAUAGUCGGGGAGCAGGGAGAUCCUGUGAUUGGCGAGCGUAAAGAAUGUCAGAAAAUCAUCCGGCUGAAGAGCUUGAAUGCAAAAACCAACACCUUGUCGUUGGCGAGGAAGGUGGUGGAGGAAUGUCGGUUAAUUCACCCGUCAAAGAUCCACGAGGUGGAUCAGCUGCUCUUCUAUCUCCAGAACCGCAAGCAGCCCAACGGUGAGGAAGAGAAGAGCCACAUCUCGCCAUGGGACCUGCCGUCGUACGCUGGCGUGGAGCUCAACGAAGAGGCCAACAUCAACAAGGUGGACGAGUACGUGGAGCUGCUGUAUGAGGACGUGCAGGAGAAGAUCAGAGGAGCGACGCUCAUCCUGCAACUCGCCCGGAACCCUGACAACCUGGAGGAGCUGCUGCAGAACGAAACUGCCCUGGGAGCUUUGGCCCGAGUCCUGAGAGAGGACUGGAAACAGAGCCUGGACCUGGCAACCACCAUCGUCUACAUCUUCUUCUGCUUCUCCAGUUUCUCCCAGUUCCACGGCCUGGUCACUCACUUCAAGGUCGGCGCCCUGAGCAUGAGCAUCAUCGAGCACGAGCUGCGGCGCUACGACUUCUGGCAGGACGAGCUGGAGAGGAAGAAGAAGGCCUGUGCAGAAACUCCCGGCAGCCAGACCCUGAAGAGGGAGCAUGAGAAGUCCUUCAGAAAGUACCAGAGCCUUCUGGCGAAGCAAGAGCAGCUUCUCAGAGUGUGUCUGUGUCUGCUGCUGAACCUGGCCGAGGACACGCGCACCGAGCUGAAGAUGAGGAACAAGAACAUUGUCCACAUGCUGGUGAAGCUGCUGGAGCGCCAGGACGAGGACCUGCUGCUGCUGGUGGUCUGCUUCCUCAAGAAGCUCUCCAUCUUCCUGGAGAACAAGAACGACAUGGCGGAGAUGUCCGCGGUGCAGAAGCUGUCCCGGCUGAUUCCUGGCCAGCACGAGAACCUCCAGAGCACCACGCUGCGACUGCUGCUCAACCUGUCGUUCGACACGGAGCUGCGCGGCCAGAUGGUGCAGGCCGGGCUGGUGCCCAAACUCUCGUUUCUGCUCGCUGACGAAGAGCAGCGACAGCUCAGCAUGUGCGUCCUGUACCACAUCAGCAUGGACGACAGAUUCAAGUCCGUGUUCGCCGACACCGACUGCAUUCCGCAGCUGAUGAGGAUGGUGUUUGAGAGUGGCGAGGAGAAGAUGGACGUGGAGCUUAUCUCGCUGUGCAUCAACCUGGCUGCGAACGAGAGCAACGCCCAGGUCAUCUGUCAAGGUAACGGCCUGCAGAUGCUGAUGAAACGCGCCGUGAAGCUGAAGGACGUGCUGGUGAUGAAGAUGAUCAGGAACCUCUCUCAGCACAGUGGAGACACCAAGAGCCUGUUCCUGGACCACGUCGGGGAUCUGGCCGCUCAGAUCGGCGAGUCCGACCCAGAGGAGUUUGUGAUUGAGUGUCUUGGCACGCUGGCGAACCUCACCUUCCCCAACCUGGACUGGGAGCUGGUGCUGAAGGAGUACAAGCUGGUGCCCUACCUGAAGGAGCGGCUCAAGCCAGGUUCUGCUGAAGACGAUCUGGUUCUGGAGGUGGUGAUCAUGAUCGGCACCGUGUCCUUGGACGACUCGUGCGCGGCCUUGUUGGCCAAGUCCGGCAUCAUCCCUGCUCUUAUCGAGCUGCUCAAUGCCCGGCAGGAGGACGACGAGUUCGUAUGUCAGAUCGUCUACGUUUUCUACCAGAUGGUUUUUCACGAAGCCACCAGAGAUGUCAUCAUCAAAGACACGCAGGCUCCUGCUUACCUCAUCGACCUGAUGCACGACAGCAAUGCAGCCAUCCGCAGAGUCUGUGACAACACGCUGGACAUCAUCGCGGAGUACGACGAGGUUUGGGGCAAGAAGAUCCAGAACGAGAAGUUCCGCUGGUACAACAGUCAGUGGCUGGACAUGGUGGAGAACCGGCAGAUGGACGAGGCCGGCGAGCACUUCCUGUCCGGGCCGGACGGAGAAGCCUUCUGCGGGAACGGAUCCAUCUUGGAUGGAACCGAGCUCUUCUACGCUGCAGAUGGCGUCCUAUCAGGAGACUGCAGCCCAGACUUGUACAGCAACUUCCAGGCUGGAGAACUGGCCAGGAACGGAUUCCCAGCACGUUUGGCUUCCGACCCGACGAGCAGUUCUUCAUCAACUGCUCUGCACGGUGAGCAGGGAGGCGACGGAGGAGGACAGAGUGCCUCACGGCUUCACAGUGUUGGGACCACUGGGUGUGGAAGCUGGAACUCACUGAAGACCACCACCUUCAUGGCUCCACCUCCGAGCUCAGGCCCCAGUCUUUCAUCUUCUCCAAAUAUCUUCGUUUUGACUUUUCAUGUUUGUUUUUUUAAAAUAUGUUGCUUGUUGGAACCCACUUUGUCAGUGUUGCACAUGUGUACGUUUAUGAUUUAUGACUUUCCCUCUGGCAGAUGAACUUUAUUGACAGGUCAACAUGCUCCUGUCUCAGACGUCACACUCCCCGACUGAAGUUGCCACGUUCUGUGACGGGACGGUGGCGCUGCUCGCGUCAGAUGGGCUGGCAGCGCCUCGGUCCUCCGCCUGACGCUCGGCUCUCCUGCUGUCCCUCACUAUAUUCAUUGUAACUUAACUUAAAUGUUCAACUGGUCCAGGUGACUGGGCAUGUAAAUUGUAUUCAAGUCGUUGUGUAGUUUGUUGUCUCCGAUCACCUGAUGGAGGAGACACCAUAUAAACCUUGUCCUCAAGCUCUCGUUCAGUGUUUUCCUCCCUAAUGUUUUGUUUUCUCUUUGCUUUGAUGCAACGCUUUCCUCUGAUGUGGUGUGUUGUUUUUGUGACUGUUUUAUUGACUUUUUCGGCUUCUGUGCAUCACGACUGAGAUGAGCCUGGUCAGUCGUCUUUUUUGUCCCAUCAUGUUGAGCACUUCUGACCCUCGAGAGGUAAAUGUUCUUCUGGAUUGAGGCUCUUUCUGGAGGUCCGCAGCCUCUGAUGUGAGCUGGACCUUUGAGUCUCACAGCAUGAAGAGCCAGCUGUCGUUGAGAAAACCUUUAUUCACCCCUAAACACCCCAGCAUGCAGAGUCACACGGAUACAUUUGCUUGUUUAGUAACUCGACUUCGCUACGUCCGUCUGCAGGUCCCGGCUCUGGCCUCCAGGCGGUGCCGUUGCACGGGAAAGGUGAAGAGAGGAGACGCCGACCCGGUCAGUGACACACAGCAACCUCUAACAUAAGUCAUCACACACACAUCAGCCUGGUGGUUUCAGACGUCGCCGCCCCGUGGUAUCGAUUAUGACUCGCUGGAGGAAGUCACACGUCAGUUGAGAUGCCAGACUCGAACGAGCAGGAGUUGGUGCGGAGUCUGGCCUCUGGACACCACAGUGAUCCAGCUGAGUAGAGGAACACAUUGGUUGUGCAUAGUUUCACAGGUGGCUGUGAUGCGCAGCGCGGCCCCGUCAUCCAUGUCCCGUCUCUCUCUCCGUCGAUGGUGCUGGGUUUCUUUAGCGUCUCCACGUGACUCUAGCGAGCCUAAAGCUAACGUGUGUGCUCACAGUGGCAUGGAACUAACCAAGCGUCCCUUCAUACCUUCCAGUGGAUUCAUGAGCCUUGUUUCUAGAAUGUAGCCAUUAGUGCUAGGAAGCUACAUGCUUUCAGUUGCUACAGGAUCGACCAAGCUUCUUUGUCAUGUGGGUGGAGACAUGGUGGGCGUGGGAACAGGGUGAUGCUGACUUGUUUACUGGCUGCAGAGAGGCUGCAGACUCUGACGCGGGAAUGUGUUUGGAAAACUUCACUCCUCCUCCUUUGGCACCCCGCUGGGGUAGCGCUGCACCAGCUCCUCCACCUCGAUCACCUCCACCACCAGCUCCCGGAUCUCCUUGACGGAGUCCACAGGCGGAGCCGCCUCCUCCCCCGCUGCAGGGGCUGAGCCAGCUCCUGCGCCCUCUUCCAAGAGGUCGUCCUCCAGAGAGCCCAGAUCAGAAGGCGGAGACUCACUUCCGAGGGACACGUCCAGAGAGUUGGGGUCGGAGGCAGCGGGCGCCUCAGGGUCUUCACCAAUAGAGGGAGCCAAGAGCUCUGUGCUCGCACGCUUGUCUUCUACAGGUUCUGGGCUGGGUUCUUCACAGAUGACAGGCACCUCCUCCAGAGCUGGAACGACAGCGUCUGCUGGAUCGUCUGCCAUGUUCAUCUCCACGGUAACGGUUACAGUCUCUUGUGUCCUCUGGACCUUCUCAGCUGGUUCUGCUGCUGCACCGGUCACCACGUCCUGAGCGGGUUCCACGAGAGGCACCUGUUCCGGGGGCGGGGCCACCACAUCAUCUGGGAUUUCCACCGGCAGCACACUGUCAGCGAAGGCUGAAGGCGGGGCCACAGGCGUGUCAGCCGCGGGGGCUGGGCUCCCAGGCGCCGAGGCACUGAGACUGGAGCGGCUGGACUGACUCAGCAGGUCGCGACUGUCUGUGUACAGAUUGUACUUCUUGGUGCUGGCUGCCUC